AUGACCAGCCACGUGACUGUGCGAUGGUACGUGGAUGACCAAGAGGUGCCCGACACAUCACAAUCUGGGCGCUUGAAUGUCGUGGGCGACAACUUCCCGGUAUUGAAACCAAUGGGAAGAUUGAAACACCCCAGGGCUGACGGCAGCUUCGUGUUGAGCAAGCUGACCAGUGAGCCCCAUUUGGAGGACUGUACAGUGACCAUCUCCCAUGGCAACUUCCAUGGUCGCAUUACUUUCGAGACCAGAGAGGAAGCGAUGGCGUUCUUGCAGACUGCCCUGAAGAAGGUUGCGAAGCAAACUCCGCCAGCUGUUCCUGCCGCUGUGGUGCCCGUGCCGAAGAAGACUGGGACCCAGAAGAGGCGACAUAUUGAUGAAGCUUUCACGGAGAUGUCCCUGCAUGGGCGCUCGGAGCUGCUGGGUGUCCAACACAAGGUGGAGGAAGUGUCUUCAAAGCGGAGAGCCAUUGACUCAAGGACGACCAGCUCACCGGAACAGACCUCGAAGCGGAUUGCUCGCAUUCCGAUCCGUGCGCCAGCUCCGUCUUCAAGCAUCUUGCAACGCAGACCAUCGAAGACACCUCAGGACUCCUCUCUCUAUGGCGGCUAUCGCCCCGCCAUUUCGUUCGGCCUACAAAACCUGGGCAACACGUGCUACCUGAAUGCCAUUACUCAGGCGCUGGGCUCUUUGCGGGAGUUCGUGGAGGACCUGCGUGCGAUGCCAAAGCACUUGCCAGAUGUCAGCAACGGCGCCCUCUUUCGAUGCACGGCCGGGAAUGCCUGUGGUCGCAUUGGUUUUGGAAGUGCUUGGUCGGAUUUGCAGCGCCAAGCUCCAGCGUCGAUCUACACGGGGCGUGUGGCGUGUGCCAAAACAACAAGAAUCAAGUCCACAUACUCAGAGAAGCUAGUGGAGCCAGCCAUCGACCAGCCCCUGGCCAGACAAGAGGUCGCCCACUCUGCGGCCUCAGCUGCUUUGGAAGCGCUUCAAGCCGGUGCCAAUGCAACCACCGUUCUGAUGCCCAGUGGGGCUGGCGACCUGGACGUUGGCCUUGAAAUCGUGCGGGGCUUCAUCGACACCCUUGACUCUGGGUCGCCGUUGCGCAUCAUGGUGACGGUGCCAAGCUCGCUUGCCUGGCUGGCACGUGGCAUGUAUGAAAGUAGCUUUGGAGAGUCCCUCACUUUGAUAGAUCUGGAUGAUAGGGGCGUAUCAAGAGAUCGGAUUGCCAGAACUCUGCAGAAGAAGUCCUCCAUGAUCUUCCUUUGUCCUUAUGAUAUGAUCUUGAAGUUUGGCCUUGCUUUCAUUGAAUCCAAGAUCAAGAUGCCGUUGGAUUUGGUGGUCUUUGCAACUGCACAUAUCCUGCGAGCUGGUGGCUUUCACAGCUUAGGUGCACGGGACGACGUGAUUCCGGCCGCCCGACGGGUGUUUAUUUCAGCCAGACACCUGGUGGGUAUGGCACCCGGGGCGCUCUUGGCGCCAGGGCAAGAGCCAGGUUAUCCGAAGGAAGCGCCACAAAGCAGGUUUGGGCAAGAAGUCUUCAGGCUCAACCAUGAGGAUGCAGAGAAACGUGAGCUCACGGUCCCUAUUCGCUUGCAGAUCAUCCAGUCGGUCACCGUGCGUGAGGUGGCCGAAGAGCUAGCAGAGUUGCAUGAGAAGCUGGGCAUCAGGUCGAUUCACAUUGUGCCAAAACAGCCUAGGCUGGCGGUUGCGCUAGAUGAAUCUCUGGGGAAGUUGACAGGCGAUUGUCGAGUGACCUCUGGGGAAAGCUCGGAAGCUUCAUUUGAUGCUUUGCUGGUUGCAGGGACCCGUCCUGGGUAUGUAGCCCUAGCGCAGGAAUUUCCGCGCCUCGCCAAUUGGCAGCCUGGGAAAACAGCAGGUCUCCUGAUUGUGGCUGGGGCUGCCAAGCACCAUGCAUCUGCUGCAUGGAUGGCUUUCGCCAUCGAGGAUGCCCGUGCUGAAGAGGCGUUGCAGAGAACCUCCGUAGAAUAUGGUCGCAUCGACCGGCGAUUGAAGUGGAACCAGCUACCUCUGGAAUUGCGCAGGGUGGUCAAUACAGGCAAUGCCCGCGAUGAAGCGGAAGUUGCCAUCGCUCGGGGUGUGGAGAUUCUUGGAGAUCCUUGGGACAUGUGGCUAGGCCGAUUGUUGGCCUACAAAGACCGGCACAGCAGUGCCAAUGCCCGCUUUUUGGCCACGCAAUUUGGCCAUGAACUGGGAUCAUGGCUUCAAGACCAACGUCAAGCGUGGGAACAAGGGAUCUUGCACGAGAGGAAAGUGGCACGAUUGAAAGCCCUUGGAGUGAUGCUAGACAAAGAGGCUGAGACCUUUGCAAAGGGCUUGUCAGAGCUGCGGACCUAUGUGGCCCAACAGCGUUCAAGCACGGUGCCUGCCAGCUGGGUCACCGACUCGGGCUUUAUGCUGGGUGACUGGGUGGUGGCGCAGCGCACCGCCCAACGGCGAGGCAAACUCAGCUUGCAGAAGCAGUUGCUCCUGAAGGAGGCCUUCUUUCUGUGGCAGCCAUCUGAAGCCCCAUCAUGGAUGUUCGAGCAUCCUUCCGAUCCUGAGGCUGCAGAGCUCACUCACUCGAUUGAAGAAGAACUUCGUAGCGUGAGAUGGCAAACCAUCACCGAGCGCCGCGGGAUUUUCCGCGCGAUGGUCUUGAAGCACCAUCCGGACAUCUCCGAUUCCAAGUACGCGAACGAUGCCAUUCGCUUCCUCUCGGAGGCAAAAGACUGGCCGAUGUUUCAAGGCAAUGUCCAGCAAGAUGCCCAUGAGUUCUUCCUGGAGUACAUGAAUCAGUUGCACGACGAGAUGUUGAAGCUUCACCAGGGUUGGGUGGCGAAGAACAGCCAUGCUGCCAUCGAGGAGCCUGCGCUGGCGACCCAAACCCACUUUGACGCGGAGGUGCAGCGACAAUUGAGCUGCGUCCAGCCUUGA